CACAUGAAACAGCAGAUAGCGCGGUGAUGUGGAGUCCCCACCCUGCCCUGGCUGCAGCCCGAUAAGGCCUCAGAGCUACUGGGAGACAACACUUUACCAUCACACCUCAUUUUCAACACACAGAGGGAAUUAUUGCUUUUACCACCAUCCGUCUCUUUGUUUUGGUUAAUAUGGUGUUAAAAUGGUUGAUUAACGCGCACAUGUGUCGCCUGUUGUGAAUCUGACCUCACACUCUGGAUCUUCACGGUGAAUUCUCAGUGCAAUAAGCUGCAAUGCUCUCAAAGAAAGAGAAAGCACUUAUUACAGAAGUAUGGGACAAACUGACUCCUGUGGCAGAAGAUAUUGGAUCAGAAGCACUUCUUAGGAUGUUUACCACCUUCCCAGGUACCAAGACGUACUUCUCCCACCUGGACAUCAGCCCCCGCUCCCCUCACUUGCUCUCUCACGGUGAGAAAAUCGUUCAGGCCAUCGCAGAGGGAGCCAAAGACAUCAGCCAGCUGGCUGUUACCCUAGAGCCUCUGCAAACGCUGCACGCCUACACACUCCGGAUUGUCCCAACCAACUUUAAGCUCUUCUCACACUGUAUGCUCGUCACGCUGGCCUGUCACAUGGGCGAUGACUUCACACCGGUUUUACACGCAGCAAUGGACAAGUACCUGUCGGCUUUCGCAGCUGUUCUCUCCCUGAAGUUCAGAUGAGACUCAGCCUCAUAGGAAGUAUAUGAACCAUUUAUGAUGAUAUGUGGUAUGAAAUAUUUAUAUAUGUUUAGUUGUUGUAAUGUUUUGUAGUAAUAAAAAUGUGCAAUCAACACCUUUCUUUUGUGCUGUAUAA